UGGAAGAUAGCCUAUCCAAAUUUUGAGAUACAUGUCCAUAAAAGCUGUUUUUGAGGAAAGUUACACGAAUAAUAUUUGCAAAUUUUACUUUGGCAGUGUUUUCUUGCCAUUUUGCACAUAUUAAUUAUGUAAUUUGAUUGACAACUUAUGCUUACAACAUGUACAGAUUGUUUUGAUUGUCAGUGUGAAGGGAUUCGGACAUGUCAGGUAUCAUGUGUGACUGGUUGCUAGGAAACAGCAGUUAAUACAACUCACGGUGUUGUGGAUUUCAAGACAUGGGUUGAGUUUGACCAUUAAUAUUGCAUAGGUGUCUUAACUUGCAAGAAAUAAUGAGAAAUGAAUACAGCGAUUCCAUUGAUUUGUUAAGUGGUCACAGAUAAAUGCGUACGAUCUGAAAUGUACUGGUACAUUUUGCGAAUUAUGAUAUCUGUUUGAAAUGGAAUAUCAUGAUGUGUUAUAGUGAAGUUAUCUUAUAUAAGCUGGAUAUUGAUCGAUACAGAGCAGCUUUUUAUGAAGAAUUGCAGGGUUAUUACUGCUAUGUCAUUUAACAGAAAAAAAAUAGGAUACUUGUUGAUAAACAGUCUUAAGUGUGAUAACUACUAUAUUAAGAUAAAAACAUGAAGAUCUGGAAGCGCUAUCUGGUUUUUGGAAUAUUUACAACAUUAGUAACGUCAAUAGUGACAUUCUAUCUGUAUAGACACGUGAAAUUAAAAUACGGAUACAAAUCCCGAAUCAUUGACAGACUUGAUGAAAUCCUUUCGUUUAAUUCCAAUCCGUCUGCCAUUUUUUAUAACCUAUAUGAACGAUCUCCACUGUACGAAGAACUGAGAAGACUAGACCGGAAGGAGAUAUCGAGUGAUGUUGCGAGGAAUUUUUUGAUGAAACCGGAAGUAGUUAGAAACCUUCAAACCCAUGCAAUAAAUGUUGGACUCAGUGAUUUGCUGCCUUUGAACAGACCUGUCACAGACUCGAGACCACCUGGAUGUUCUAAGAUAAAGUACCCAACAGAUUUACAGACUGUAGGCAUAGUAAUUCCCUUCCACAAUGAAUGGCCCUCCGUUCUGCUGAGGACUAUAUUUAGCAUCAUUAACAAGACUCCGAAACAUUUACUGAAAGAAAUUGUUCUUGUCGAUGACUGUAGUAACUUACCCAGCCUCCAAGCACACUUCCAGGGCCUGUUAGAAGAAUAUUUUCCAAAAGACCUCGUCAAACUUAAACGUCUGAAGAGUAGAUCUGGCUUGAUCGUUGCAAGAAUGGAAGGACUGAAAUUUGUCACGGCGGAUUGUGUCUCAUUUUUUGACAGUCAUAUGGAAGUCAAUGAAAACUGGUUGCCCCCACUUCUAGCAGAAAUCAAGAAAAAUCCAAAAACGGUUUCCAUGGCACAGUUGGAUUAUAUUAACAAAGAAACGUUUGCAUACGAGUUUGAACCAGGGUAUAAAACACGAUACGGAUUCGAUUGGAGACUUGUAUUUUUUGAGACGUACUUCCGAGCAGAUACCUUGAACGGGAAGAGUGCUACUGAUCCCUUACCCGGUGUUGUGAUGGUAGGACCAGGGGCUGUAGUUAAUGUUCAGUACUUCAAAGAUCUUGGAGGGUUUGAUACAGGCAUGACAAUCUGGGGAGGAGAAAAUCUGGAGUUUCCAUGGAGGGUAUGGAUGUGUGGGGGGCAGAUGAUACAUGUUCCUUGCUCAAAGAUUGGACACAUUGCACGAUCACAGCCAUACCAUUUUCCCAAUGGCAGACAGGACACAGAAAACCAUAACUACAAACGAGCAAUAGAAGUCUGGAUGGACGAUUACAAACAAUACGUAUACGAGGCUAAUCCUUUUAUGAAGUCAGUUGAUGAAGGUGACCUGACAGAAAGAUUUGAACUGAAGAAACGCCUACAGUGUAAACCAUUCAAAUGGUUCCUUGACAAUGUAUGGCCAGAAUUGUCAGCCUAUAAAGAAAAUAACCAGGCCUGGGGAUGGGUAAAGAACAGUGCCACUAAUUCAGACAUCUGUCUGGACAAUGAUGACUUCCUGUUUUCUAUACCUAACCCAGUCAAAGCUAAACCUUGCUCAGAAAUUGUUGUUUACCAGAUGUUUUCACUUACUUCGGAAAAUUUAUUCCGGUCCAUACUGCAGUGUGUGGUUGUGAAGGGAACAUUCCUUAGCGACAAAAUACCAACCUUAGAGGGGUGCUUUGAAGGUCCUGCAGAAACAUGGACUCACAGUGGACCAGGACUGUUGAAACAUGAUUCAUCCAACCUGUGUUUGGAACUCACCAAAACUCGCCAGCUUGUGAUGAACUUAUGUGAUGAAAAGUCUCCAUGGCAGAAGUGGACAUUCACACAUUACUCUCCGGCUCACAAUAAACGCAUUACUGCUUGAAUACUCAUAGUUAUAAUGCAUGUAUAUGCAAAAGCAGAUCUGAUAACCACAUUCUCAAGAGAUAUUUUUGUCGACAUCCUUUUGCAUAGGAUUUUAUUGUGGCAGCUGACCUUGUCCCUUUGAAAUCAGAGCCAUCAGU